AUGGCUACGGGACAGGUGCUAUUUCAACGUUUUUUUUAUACCAAGUCUUUUGUGAAGCAUUCCAUGGAGCAUGUGUCAAUGGCCUGUGUUCAUCUGGCAUCCAAAAUUGAAGAAGCACCAAGACGCAUAAGGGAUGUAAUUAAUGUGUUCCAUCGCCUUAGACAUCUACGGGAAAAAAAAAAACCUGUGCCUCUAAUACUGGAUCAAGAGUAUGUGAACUUGAAGAAUCAAAUUAUUAAGGCAGAAAGAAGAGUGCUAAAGGAGUUGGGAUUUUGUGUUCAUGUAAAGCACCCUCAUAAGAUAAUCGUUAUGUACCUUCAGGUAUUAGAAUGUGAACGUAACCAACACCUGGUCCAGACUUCAUGGAAUUACAUGAACGAUAGCCUGAGAACAGAUGUCUUUGUGAGAUUCCAGCCAGAAAGCAUCGCCUGUGCGUGCAUUUACCUCGCAGCGAGGACGCUGGAGAUUCCCCUUCCUAAUCGUCCACACUGGUUUUUGCUCUUUGGAGCAACAGAGGAAGAAAUUCAAGAAAUCUGCUUAAAAAUUUUGCAACUCUAUACUCGGAAAAAGGUUGAUUUAUCUGAUCUGGAAAGUAAAGUAGAAAAGAAGAAAUUGGCCAUUGAAGAGGCAAAAGCACAAGCUAAAGGUCUGGUACCUGAGGGAGCCCCGAGUUUGGAUAACACAUCAGGAUUUUCCCCUAUCCCGAAAAAUGGCUUGUUUUUUCUAGAGUCUCCAAAAGAGGUUAAAGGAAAUAAACCUUCACCCUUACCUGUUCAGGCAAUGAAGAAUGCUAAAAGGAAAAUAGAGGGAGCGAAAAGGACGAGUUCAAAUAGCCCAGUGAACGGCGUUCAGAAAGGAAGAGAAAGCAGAAGUCGAAGUGGAAGUCGAGAUCAAAGUUACUCCAGAUCACCAUCCAGAUCUGCCUCCCCGAAGCACAGGAAAAGUGAAAGUUACUCCACAUCGAGCGGUUCCAAAUCCCACAGCCGUUCCAGGAGCCGCAGUGACUCUCCUCCGAGACAGUUCAACCACAGUUCUAGCUACAAAGGUUCCAAGGUGAGAAGUUACAAGAAAUCAAAAGACUACAAAUACUCGACCCACAAACCACGGAAAUCACGCAGCAGGAGCUCGUCGCGGUCCAGGAGCCGAUCCCGGGAGCGCUCGGACCAUUCGGGGAAGUACAAGAAGAAGAGUCACUACUACAGAAACCACAGGCACGAGCGGUCGCGCUCCUACGAGCGAGCGAGUCAUCGCUAUGACCGAGACCACCCUGGCCACAGCAGGCACAGGCGGUGA